AUGGCGACCUGCAUUCGUAAGGUGGCCUUGGAGGAGUUUGGAGUGUACAGGGGAAGGAGAAGCAAAGAUAAGAAUACCUGGUGGUGGAAUGAUGAUGUCCAGAAGGCGAUUAAAGAGAAGAAAAAUUGCUUCAGACGCCUAUACCUGGAUAGGAUUGCAGACAACAUAGAGAUGUACAAGAUGGCGAAGAAGACCGCAAAGCGAGCUGUGAGUGAAGCAAGGGGUCGGGCAUAUGAGGACCUCUACCGACGAUUAGGCACGAAGGAAGGCGAAAGGGACAUCUAUAAUAUGGCCAAGAUCCGGGAGAGGAAGAUGAAGGAUAUUGGUCAAGUCAAAUGCAUCAAGAAUGGAGCAGACAAUCAAACUAAAACUACCGGGAAGGUGAUUCAAGAAAGAGAAUUAUAUUUGUUAGGAGCGAAAUGUGGAAAAUUUCUUGUCACUGACAUCUUCCAACGUGUGUACACUGCCGACCUCCAAACUGGGAUAAAGGAGAAGGUGGUGGAUUGGCCACGCGAGCAUCUAAUCGCUGGGGAGGCCGUGUCCUUGGAGAUGGAUUGA